AGAUGAUUCACUUGCUCCUUCACCUUUUGAUGCAUGAGUGUAUCGAUUUGCAUGUUUCUCUGAAACGGAAUCGUAUCAUCGCAACUUCAUGACCUGCACCCUUCACUCUGGUGGAGCUGUCUUCCUUCUGUUCUGUCUAUGUGAUCUGCGCUGACUUCUACACUUUCUUGGAGAGUUGUAUUUCAGGAUCAAGAAUCAUGCAUUACUUCCUGCUGGGAUCUUCAGUCAUGGCGCUGAUUUACCUCUCAGCUGAAGGAAAUAUCCAUGUGUUCCAGAAGCCACGAUUUGUUGGCGUUAAGACAGGUCGGACUGUGAGGAUAUACUGUGUGCCGUUGAAUCCGUCUUUGCCGGCUCGUGUAGAGUGGUUCAAAGACCAGACUGAAGUCAAGCUCAAGAACAGCCAAAGAAUAUAUAUAAAGGAGAAGAGUGAUACAACAAAUGCCUCCCUUCUCAUAAGCCACGUGGAGACUGAGGACAGCGGCACUUACUUUUGCAAGCUGAACAGCACGUUUGGACCGGGAACUGAGCUACAAGUGUUCAGUAGGUGUCAAUUUGUCUACGCUUUUUGCUUGCUUUCUUCACCUGUAUGUAUUUCUCUCUCUGUUUCUUCUCCAGGACACACUGACCCCCAGACUAUCAUGAGGAGAUCGAAAGUCAAGGAUGUUUUCAUUUUCCUUCAGGCUUUACUGUUGAUUUUGUGCAUCGUCGUUCCUCUGGUUCAGUUUUACAGACUGGAGAAGAAAGAAGAUGCAGUUUAUGAAGAGCCUGAGGAUGAUCACAUAUAUGAGGGGCUGGAGAUUGAGCAGUGUGGCGGUGCGGAUCUGUAUGAGGACAUCACUGCUUUAGCCCGGGACACAGAUGCAGCGUGGGAAGUCGAGUCCCCAGACCAAGAGUGAGAAAAACACAUCCGUCAGAUUAUUGAUCUUCAGAUAUCAACACCAGACGCAAAUGUUCGCAAUCGCAUCCAAAUCACUGUCAGUUUGUGCUGGAGAAGUCACAUGUAGGCAGACUGACGUCACUGUGUGUGAAUACAGUAAACGCUUAUGAAACUAACUUUUUUAUUUUGAAAGCAAGAAAUUAUGACAUUUAUAGGCUUGAGGUUUUUUUUGAGGAUGUGACAUAUACAACAAUAACAAUCAUCUAGACAUUGUAAUACGUUUAACUUAUGUUUUUAUUGUUUGCUUGUUUGUUGUCUGUGUUGCACUUUUUAUUAGAGUUUAUAUUCAUUUUUACUGUACUGUGUAUUAUGUGGUGGUGUUUUUAGAGUGUGUUUGUUGUGUGAAUGCACCGGCUCUGCUAGUCAUUCAUAACAAGGUGCUCUCUAUUUGGUUAUAAAAAUACUAGUGGUAAGGAACUGUUUAAAGCUUAAGGGAACUUUCACUUCAUAUCUGUUAAAAUAAGCAUGUGAAUAGCAGGUGUUUUCCACAAAGCAGCUUUUUUUGGUAAAUGUUUGGUAUAUUUUCUUUGUAUUCAUUCUGAUCGUAUGCCAGUCAAGUCUUUGAAAGAGCAUCUGCAAAGAACAUCUGACCGUCUGUACAAGGAUUUAACAUUGUCACUGUUGCAAAUGUGCUAUUUGAUUAGAAAAAUACAGAAUGCUAAAAUGUAUUUUUAUUUUUUUGUUUUCAAAUUUCCUGUACUCUAAAAAGUUAUAAAACUUUGUUUUGUUUAAAUGGGUUUAAAAAAAUCCCUUUUUUUUCUGA